CUGUUCGUCAUGGCGCAGAUAUAAGGUCAGACGACGUUUGUAUUGAGGGCAACGCGUCGAUACCGUGCCAGAUGGGUUCCAACCAGUUUGCCUCUCAGAAAGGCAUGACUAGUUUCGGUGCAGUAAGGCACGGCAAGGAUGUUGGUGUCGACGACAUUUGUCAGGAGAAGCAACGCAGUGAUCGGGCCACAGGCCGGCUCGAACCAGUUUGCGUCACAAAAGGGUAUGACAAGCUUUGGAGCUGUUCGCCAUGCUAAAGAUCUGAGGGUAGAUGACAUGUGUCAGGAAAGCAAUGCUUCCAUAGGCCUCCAGUACGGAUCUAACCAGUUUGCCAGCCAGAAGGGGAUGCGGUCCAUGGGUGCGCUGCGUCACUGCUCCGACAUCCGGGCUGAUGACCAGGACGAAGCCGGAAAGGGUGUUUUAACCCAGGCGUCCGCUACACACAUAUACGCAAACCAGAGCGGCAUGACGGGGUUCGGAUCCACGCGCCAUGGUGUCGACUUGCGAUGUGAUGAUCAAGACGACAGGGGUAAAGGUGAACUGUCGCAGAUCGCUGGGACAAACAAAUACGCCAGUCAAAAGGGCAUGACGGGGUUCGGAUCCACGCGCCAUGGUGUCGACUUACGAUGUGAUGAACAUGACGACAGGGGUAAAGGAGAACUCUCGCAGAUCGCUGGGACAAACAAAUACGCCAGUCAAAAGGGCAUGACGGGUUUCGGUGCGUUGCGUCACGUGUCAGACAUUCGCUCGGACGACGCUUCUCUGGAGGGGCUCGCCACACUGACCUUACAAACCGGAACAAACAAGUAUGCUUCCCAGAAGGGAAUGACGGCGAUUGGAGCCGUUCGCGGUAUUGCGGACCGCAGGAUCAAGCCCCUAUGGGAGGACGGCGACUCCGACGAAUACCCCACAGACGAGGAAGAUGCGCCUAAGCCGGAGCCGGUCCGGAAGCGCUCCUCGGUAUUUAGCCGUAAAGAACCGAGCCCCAAACCCGAACCGGUCUCAACUAUACAGGAAGAGGAGGCGCCUAUUUCCAAUAACGCCGGAAAUGACGACGACGCUACAUUCACAUUCUCAGCAGAUUAAUCGAGUGAAAACGAAGCGUUUACACUGUGAACAUAUGCAAUUUGUUUUCUGUUUUGUCUGUUGAUAAACAUCCGAUUAUUUCACCAAACCUCAAUGGUAGUUCAAAUGCAAGUAUGAACGAUAGACAGUAACGUCUGAUCUUCGUCUGAUCUUUGCGAUGUUUUUGGAAUAUUUGUUUUCACAAUCCCAUUAGAAUGGGUAAGGCGUUGGGACGAUUGUGCAAUAUGUGAAAACCAAAACCUGCAACCAAGUCAUUUUUCGAUCUUUACCCUUGUUUGACAAUAAUAUGUGACAUUCCUUCAAUAGUUAAUUCUGAAAUCAUUGUUGUCAUUUUUGAUUUGGUAGGAAUGUUUCUGUUUCAUGUGUGCCCCUAUGCCUUUUUUGCUUCAAUUCAAAUAUGUUCAUUUAUUGUAUGACAUUAUCAAGCGGUGUAAUAUAUUAUUGACCAGUUAAUUUUAUUGUGAUAACAUAAAAUAAGUCGAGUUUUAAAGUGUGUGAAUAUAUUUUAGUGGAGUUAACUGUACAUUUGCAAGUCGUAAUAAAGUGCAUUUGACCACUUU